AAUCGUGGCUCCGCUCCAGCCGGCGGCCGCGAUGGCGUCUGUUUACAAACCCGACGCAGGGAUCCCGUUCUAGAAGUCUCGCAGGAGUGAAGAAACAUGUCCAACAUCCACGUGGGUCUGCCGUACCCCGGGGGUGUGGUGGAUCACUCAAGUAAUCUGGCUCAUGAUAUUGGUGCUCUGUACCUCAAUGAUGAGUACAGUGAUGUAACCCUGCAAGUUAAUGGACAGACUUUUCAUGCACACAAGGUCAUAUUGGCAGCCCGCAGCCAGUACUUUAGAGCUCUCCUGUUUGGUGGUCUUCGUGAAUCUCAUCAGACUGAAGUAGAGAUCAAAGACACAAAUUUAACAGCUUUUAAAGUCUUGCUAAAGUACAUAUACACCGGUUGGGUUAGCCUCAACUCAGAGAAGAACCUUUACAAUCUCUCAAAUCUGAAGGCUGUGUGCGAAGAUUUCAUGGACAAAAAUGCACUCUCCAUUCUCAACCAUGAGUCUUUCUAUUCCCUUUCACCAACUGCUUUAAAGGCAAUUAUAAGCCGUGAUUCCUUCUGUGCUCUUGAAGUCCACAUUUUCCAAGGGGUUCAUGAGUGGGUGGAGCGGAACUCGGAUCUCUCACAGGAACAAAUACAAGACAUUCUCUCUCAAAUUCGUCUACCUCUCAUCAGUCUCACAGAUCUUCUGAAUGUGGUCAGACCAACAUCACUGAUUUCACCAGACCAAAUAUUGGAUGCAAUAAAAGCCAAAAAUGAAUCCAGAGACAUGGAUCUUCAGUAUCGUGGCUACCUUAUGCCUGGGGAAAAUGUAGCAGUACCAAGCAAAGGUGCCCAAGUACUCCAGGGGGAAAUGCGUGCAAAUCUAUUGGACGGCAACGUUUCGACAUAUGACUUGGACCGAGGUUUUACGAGACAUCCCAUUGAUGAUAACAAUGGUCAGGGUAUUCUGAUUAAACUUGGAAUGCAGUGUAUUAUCAACCACAUGCGAAUGAUGCUCUGGGAUAAAGACCAAAGAGGGUAUUCAUACUACAUAGAAGUAUCAAUGGACCAGAAGGACUGGGUUCGUGUGAUUGAUCACACCCGCUACCACUGCCGGUCUUGGCAGUAUCUCUACUUCCCUGCAAGGGUGGUUCGAUAUAUAAGAAUUGUUGGCACCAACAACACUGUUAAUCGUGUUUUCCACGUUGUCGCCUUUGAGGCCUAUUAUUCCAAACAAGAAGUUAAACUACACAAGGGAUUGAUUAUCCCUACCGAAAACGUUGCACUCGUUACCAAGAGUGCUUUAGUGAUAGAAGGAGUAAGCCGUGCACGUAAUAACCUCCUGAAUGGAGACAUUCACCAUUAUGACUGGGAUUCCGGCUACACCUGUCAUCAGCUGGGAUCAGGCUCCAUAUGUGUCCAGCUUGGCCAGCCGUACUGGCUUUCAUCAUGCAAAUUGUUGCUUUGGGAUUGUGAUGAUCGUUCCUACAGCUAUUACAUUGAAGCUUCUGUUAACAUGAGAGACUGGGAGCUGAUUGUUGACAAGACCCGGGAAGCCUGCAGGUCUUGGCAGACUCUGACUUUUCCUCCAAGAGCUGUUGUUUACUUCAAAAUUGUUGGGACUUUUAACACAGCCAAUGAGGUGUUCCACUGUGUGCACUUUGAGACCCCUGCUCAAGUUGGAUCUGAGAACCGUCCUAGAAUAAGAGGAGUUGACCAUGCAGUCGCUCCAAUUAGACCACAUCAUGGAGAGGAAUCUGGAGGUGAUGCAGCUGCACCGGAUGGACACAACAUGGGAAUGGAGCGUGCAGGUAGUAUAAAUGCGCCAGAAGGGGCAGGUGAAGGAUUAGGUGCAGGUCGUGUUAGGGAAAGAUCUGCCUCUAGUUCAAGAGCAGAACCAGUGGAGGGAUCAUUAGAUCAAGUGGAGGAAAAUGGCUUGAAUGCUGAAGGAGCAGGAGGUCUUGAUGUGGCAAACCCAGUUGAAGCUCACCAAGAUGAGGGGACAGACGAUGAAGAUAAAUAGUCAUCAAUAUUUCGUAUAGCUUUUAAUUGUGGCUUGCAAAUAUCCUUGAAUCUAGAAAAUCUUCAGAAGAGAAUAUUCACUUGGAAUAGUUAAUUGUGAAUUAAUGAAGAUGGAGAAACUGAAAAAAGAAAUUGUUUUCCUCAUUGCAGUCCAGUUAAGCCAACCCCAACACGGGGGUUAGGCUCCUGAAAAAGCUCAGAUGUGGUAAAUCUACAUAUUUAUGGAAUACAAGGUGCAAUUUUCAUGUAAUUUAGUUUUUCUGGUGAUACCCAUGUGUGUUGCAUAUCUUUUGUCCUUACUGCAUCAUACUAACACAUCAUGUAUAGUUAAUAAUCAUGCUUCAACUUAAGUCGCUGUAUGCCAGUGUCAGAGAAGCCAUACCACUCUUCCAAAGCCAAGUUGAUUGUUGGAUCAUAAACAAAGUUCAUCUAUCCACAUUGUGUGGUCAAAGUUUAUAGAUAGGCAAAUUCUUUUAUGUAAUGUUAAGAAUAGUGUAUAUGAAAUAUAAAUGGUUUUAAAGCAGCAGGACUUUUAAGAAGCAGUUGAAAAUAUUAAACAAGUAUCACACAUGGCUAACUAAAACAGCAUUGUUUCCAAGUGAAAUCUGUUCAGGAUUGCUCUGUACCAAAUAUAAACUAAACAGAACAAGUAAUACUAAUACAAACCAUAAUUUACUGCAUAUUGUAGUUUAUCUUAAGCUUCAUUUGUUUCUAUUUACUUUAUACAUGUUACAAAAUUAGGAAAAAGUGAAUAAGAUUCAAUACAAAAUGAUGUCCUUGACUUAAAAGAUGCAGAUAAAGUUAAGUCAUUCAAAUUUUAGUUUUUGACUUUUAACAUUAUUAUACAGAAUGAGCACAGCUGAUAGUAAAUGGGUAACUGUAUAAAUACUGUACGUGAAACAGUCAGCAUCUUAACUAUACCAGUUGGGAAUGGCUUCUCCGUCAUUCUAGCAUACAGUGAGUAUUCUAAUUCUAUAUCAUAAAAAUGAAAGUUUAUUUGGAAAUGGCAAACCACCCUUUGCAUGCUUGAAAAUUAGCAGUCCUACCCUCUCCUCAUUAAGCAGGUGUGUAGAUGUCACUACAGCUCUCAGAACUAUUAACAAUAGAUCUUGUCUUGUUUGUUUACCUGUCAUCUCAGAAAAAUUCAAGGGCUUUUUAAAGUUUUACUAUAUUCCUUUUUGAGAUAAUGUUCUGUACGUAAGACACAAUCAUAUAGUUUUUCUUUGGUGGUUAUUUGUGUGAAUGAUAAGUUAUUCACCCUGUUCUAUCAUUCAUUAGUAAAUAUUUUUUUCCCACUCAUUUUCUAAAUAGCUUUAUUUUAUACAACUGUAUAGCUGGCAUACAACAAGUACAAAAAAUGUGAGAGUAGGGAGACAAGACUUGGUUGUGAAACCAAUUUGUAGCCUAUGAUGAACUCUUCACUGGUCACAGACAAACAUUGGUUCUCAUGAUAGCUUACACAUACAAAUUCAUACACAAACAACUAAAUGUACACUGGCAAGUAAACAAAUAUAAAUAAACCAGUAGAGAUACACAUAUACACACGAGUGGACACAUGCACACGCAAGUGCACAUUCGCAUGCACACUUGUACUCGCACUCUCACACUCACGCUCACACUCACACUCACACUCACACUCACACUCACACUCACACUCACACUCACACUCACACUCACACUUACACUUACACUUACACUUACACUUACACUUACACUUACACUUACACUUACACUUACACUUACACUUACACUUACACUUACACUUACACUCACACUCACACUCGCACUCGCACUCGCACUCGCACUCUCACACUCACACACUCACACACAUUCACACACAUUCACACACAUUCACACACAUUCACACACACACUCACAUACACACUCACACACACACUCACACACACACUCACACACACACUCACACACACACUCACACACACUCACACACACACUCACACACACACUCACACACACACUCACACACACACUCACACACACACACACAUGUAACCACAUGUAAACCCACAGAUACACAUGCACACUCAUAUUCACAUGGAAACAUGAGCUUUGAGAGUUUGGUAUCAUUUACAUAAUAUGUAUGGUUUUUGUACAUUAUUAUGAUAAAGGAGAUUUUUCUUGCUUUAGAGAAAAAUAGAUAAAAUGUAUUAAGUUACAUACACUUUACAUUACAGUUAUUUGAUAUGCAUAUUACAGAGGUUUAUAUGUAAAGGCUCUGUAGUUAACAGCCUUUGAAAAAUCAGCCUAUUUUACUUUGUUUUAUUGUGGCUUAUUUAAGCAAAGCCAGAGUACUGCUUGAGAAAUUGCAAAAGAACUUGUUUAUUCUUAUUGCUUUUGUAUUACAUGAUUUGAUUAGCAGCAAUUGGCCCUCAAAGUUCUUUUUUUU